AUGUCCUCUGGUUACGCAUACCUAAUUGAACAUAUCAAUCUCGGCUCAAACUGCUUCCUUACAGCUUACUUUGGGCUCCUUCUGGCAGCACACCUGUUUUUGCUCUCCUACACUCAUUUGGUCCAUUUUGGAUACGCUUGGUGUCUUGCAAUGGCCGGCGAAAUUGUCGGCUACAUUGGCCGUAUCAUGAUUUCCAAGUCAAGUAACAAGACCACCGCAAUUAUCAUGGACUCUGUUGGCCUUAAUGCAGGUGCUUCUCUAAUGAUAGCAGGACUCUAUGUUGCCGCCGCAAGAGUGCUGAAACAGCGUGCUACCAACAUUGGCAGAACGUCUCCGGGACUUCUGAGAGUGGUGCUCGGCAUCAACAUUGCCUCUAUUGCCUUAUACUCGGCAGGAGUCGCAAUUGAGCCAAACGGGGGCUCCCACUACCAGACAGGAAAAGAUCUGGCUAUUGCAGGAACUGUUAUUCAAUUGGCGCUUCUGAUCGCUUUCUCAGCCAACUGGCUUUUCUCCUGGAGAAGUAACCACAGAGACUUCUGUCCAGCAGGACAAACUCUAUAUUACAACAGUUUUCCAGCGGCCAUCACAUUGGGUAUGGUCCUCAUGGUGGUGCGUUGCUGCUACCGUGUUGCUCUUCAGGCAGAAGGAAGUACGGGCAAGCUGUUCACGCACCCAAUAUACGUGGGAAUCCUUGACUCGCUCAUGGCUGCCAUCACAGCGCUGAUUAUGACCGUGUUCCAUCCGGGGCUUGUUGAAAGAUAUGGUGUUAAGCGGAUGAGCCCUGAGGAGUCUUACUAUUAG